AGUUACUUUUGCUACUUGGAUAAUCCGGCACUUGGGCGACUCCACCUGCAGUUGCAGGGCUGCGCCUCUACCCUAUACGCACGCGGGUGGCGUCGAUCCCGCUCGGUUGCUCUUGACGCCGCGAUGCCGACGAAGAUGCCGCUGACGACGGCGAUGUUGGUGGCGGCGAUGUUGGUGGCGGCUCCUGCUGCUAUUGCCGCCUCGGGGUCUCUGGACGUCGAGGGAGAGCUGCCACUCAGCGCCCAGGCCAGCGAGGGAGACCUGCAGCUGUCGUGGGGCUUUGACGCCGACCGCAUCGUCAUGGAGGUCCGGGUUCGCACCCUCGGCUGGGUGGCCGUGGGCUUCAGCCCCACGGGGAGCAUGGCGGGCUCGGACGUGGCGCUGGGAUGGGUGGACGGCACGGGGGCUGCCCACUUCAUGGACGGCCACGUGAUUGACCGCGAGGUGCUGCGCGAUGGAAGCCAGGACUACUCGGCCGUGUGGCUCCGGGAGAACGGCACGCACACACACAUGCGGCUGCAGCGGCCCCUCAGGACGUGCGACUCGCACGACAUGGAGCUCAACGAGGACACGAUCCGCGUGGUCUGGGCCUACGGAGCGAAGGACCCGGCGAGCGAGGCCGACAUUCCGUACCACGGCCCGACCACUCGGGGCUCCAUGAGCGUCCAGCUGCUGGGGCACGGACCGCCGUCCGAGCAGCCGCUCCCCUCCAACCACGCCCACUUCGACGUCAAUUACGACAAGUUCGAGAUCCCAGCGCAGUCGACCUUUUACCAGUGUGAGAUCUUCCCGGUGCCGAAACUCGACCGCAAGCAUCACCUGAUCAAGGUGGUGCCGCGGCUGCAGGCCAACAACGAGGCCUUUGUGCACCACAUCCUGCUGUACACGUGUUCGGCGAGCGUGAACGCGUCCCACGUUGGAGCCAGCCACGAGUGCAACCACCCCAACAUGCCCGACUCCUUCACCCACUGCUUCGGCGGCAUCAUGGCCGGCUGGGCCGUGGGCGGCGGCGUGAGUGGGCCUUCGAUUGCUCAGCUCAUGCAUGAUAUUUUCUCCUUUUUUAUCGAUCGCGGUAACAAAAAACUUAUAAUUGUGGUUUCGCACGGGGUGACCUCAAUCAACAUUUGCGAGUGUGCUCAGCGUCGCGCCGUCACGCGUGUUCCUGUGCAGACGUUCGACUACCCCCCUGAGGCGGGCUUCUCCCUGGGCGCGCAAGGGGACCCCCAGUUCGUGAUGCUGGAGACCCACUACGACAACCCAGCCCAGCUAGCAGGUGAGGGGGGCCGAGGGUUAAAGACUUACAGAUUUCCCAGAACACCAGACACCAGUUACGUCGACAAGAGGACUGCUCCUGGGCAGAAACCAGGACGGUGUGGCAACCAUGGCCCAUAUCUAACCCAUCCCCCCGGCGCUGCACCUGCGUCCCGUGCGCAUCAAACAAAACCAGGCGUGGCGGACAGCUCGGGCCUGCGCUUCUACAUCACGCCCGAGCUGCGUGCGUACGACUCGGGGAUGCUGGAGGUGGGAGUCAACCCGCAACCCACCCACUUCAUCCCCCCCAUGACGCCCUCCUUCAUGAGCUACGCCGUCUGCCCCACGCUGGGCUUCUCCACUCUGGGUCCGCACGGCGACGCGCUCCGCGGCUCCCUGCCUCGCCCGGCGGGAGUCGAGCCGGGCAGAUCGGCUCGGCAGAGCGGAGAGAUCCAGGUCUUUGCCACGAUCUUGCACGCACACCUGCUGGGAGCGGCGAUGCAGGUGCGGCACUUCAGGCAAGGCAAGCAGAUCGGCCACCUCGGCAGGGACAUGGGGUACGACUUCAACUACCAAGAGGCCCGCUAUCUGAAGGAGCUCACCGCCGUCCUGCCCGGUGAUGAACUUAUAACGGAGUGCACCUACAGAAGCACAAGCCGCUCACACACCACCACGGUGCGUGCUCUCACCACCACCACCACCACGGUCUCCUCUCUGACCACAAGUCUCACCAACAGCAACAACGUCAGGACUAAGAGUAGUAUUAACAAAACCGGGUAUAGGGUGGAUUGUUACAUUGUAGGAGAUGGUACAUGUGGGGUGUACGUUGAACUUAUUCCGCACGGUCGUAGUGUAGCCAAACGCGCUAAUCGGAGGUGCCGGGGGAAGGACAACAAAGGGGUGGAAAGCGUCGUGGCAUCGACAGAUUUGGCGACGACGUCUCCCUCUGCGAUCGUCUCGGCCCCCUCUCUCUCUCCCUCUCGCGUUGCCUCCUUCCCACAGGGUGGCCUCUCCACGCAGGACGAGAUGUGCAUCGCCUUCCUCUACUACUACCCACGGGUGAACGUCUCCCGGUGCCUCAGCCUCUACGACAUGGCCGCCGUGGCCCCCUCGCUGGGAUUCACCGUGACCCCCGAGUUCCCUUACACGGUGCUCAGCCCCCCCGAGGCGCAGGGCGUCCCCGUCUUCCUGCUCUACGACCGAGUCAACUGGACCGAAUCCACGGUGCGCGGCGCGGAGGCGGCCGCCCGAGACAUGGAGCAUCUCGCGAUCCACGUGGGAGAGCACAGCUCCAGUGCCUUUCUGGCACAGCACGUUCCCAAGAUCCCCAAGGAUCCCGAAGCACCGCCCUGCGUCCCGAGGGAGCCGCCACCAAACGCAGGGGCCCGGCCGUCACGUGUGCCGGCUCUUCUGGCUGUGCCACUCGCCCUCGUGGCGUUCACGUGAGCGCCGCCAACCAGUUCGGACGUCACUCAUGCUCGCAAUUUGCCGGGAAUCGAACCCAGGCUUCUGAGUUUUGCAGAGCAGCAUGCGGACCGUUACACCGACACUCCACCCACGCACACACACACACACGUGCGAUGACAAAGAAGCCCCGUGCGGCCCAUGCUGACGCGUGGGGCAGUAAGUGCUAUAUCAUGGGACCUUUUUGGCAAUUGAGUUUUUCAGCAAAACCAUGAGAAUUGUUGAAAAGCGAGUGAAAUAUCUACGGGACUUUUGUUGCCAGUAUGAAAGUAUGAAAAACAGGAAUAGGUUUUACGCUUUUCUGGCAAUAAAAAGCAGUUGUGUUAAGAUGUUCAAACACCAAAUAUAUACCUUUUGCCAGGAAUCCAGUUUGCAUUAACCACAGGUACUUGUGACAAACAUGCAAACAAACAUGCUCUGAUAAUAUGAUCCUCAUGGCGGUUACCCCGGGGUAACAAAUAAUACAAAAUGGCCGAGGCAAUUAAAUAUUUUCUUUCUAGGACACUAUUUUUUUUCAAGGGGUGUACUUUAACUCCGCGACUGGCAUACCAAUCAAUCCGAAAAUCAGUGCUACUCCGCGAUGUCGAAACGCCAAACCAUAGCAUAAAAAAUCCGUUAUCGCAUCACGGAUAUUACGUGAGAGCCGGGGUACUAUGGUAACCCGGGUUACCGCCAUAAGGUUCAUAGAUGGCAUUGUCUUUGAAACUGAUUGGCCUACACCAGAGACAGGCUUCUUUAUGGCCUAGUACCAUCAGUGUCAGAUCAGAGAACGCCAAAAGGCGAACAGCACAAAUGCAAUGCAAGUAUCAGACCAAUUAUAGCUCAGGUUGAGCAGCUGUACGAUGGGAUACCUUUAUUUGCCAGGUAUUUAUUUGGUGUUUGAACGUCUUAAUGCCUGUUUUAUUGCAAGAAAGGGUUAAUCCUAUUCUUAUUUUUCAUACUGUAGCAAGUGCUGUUAGUGAGCCCCUAUUAAGACCCGAACGGCAGAACGAGGGCUGUCGUCAUCCUCCCAUUGUUGAUGCUUUACACACCGCACCUGGUACUCAAUCAAGGAAAGCCACAGUGCUGGUUCAGCUCUUCAGCACUGACGUUGGCCAAGGGUGGGAACCAAAUUCAAGUCACUCGGUCCAUAGUGUCGUGUGUGAAAUACCACGUCACCAAUACCAAUACCCGCCAUUCGCCACUAAGUGAUGACGACGUCACCACGGCGUCUGUGCCGGGCCAGGUGCACUUUGAGGCCAUGUCAAGUGUCGAAGGCUCGCUGACAGGAGGUCAGAGACAGACCCCAGGUGCCAUGGGUUGACUGACUGAGAUGACUGGCAGAUGCGCCACCAGCUUGUACCCCUUACUGUGCGAACUUGCUGUAUUUUAGCCACCUGGUGCUUCGCUUGUUGCGAGCGGCUCUACUGCACUCUGUUGUUGCUGGAGGGCGACUCUCUCCAAUUGACCAGUAGCGUCCUUCACGAGCCUUCUCCAUAGAGGCCGAUCUUGAGACCGCUGGCGCUUUGCCUCCACCCUCCCACAUACACACUUGUGGAUAGAGAGGUCCGGUGAGGCAAAUAUCAGAAUAGUUGUUUGUGAUUUCUCCUUCCACACUUUCGCUUAGCCCAGUACCAAGACUUAAAAAAAUCUGUUUGACACGCGACAAAAAACCGCACUCUUCGCUGGGCACACAGACGCCGUGCCCCUCGCGUGGACAAAAUAUUUUACACUGAAGUGACCUCAGCCAAAGUUCCGUAGCAUCUUCCGGGGCCGAUUCUUCGACACAGGGUGACGCACCGCUCGCUUGCAGAGUUCCUGACUGAAAAUGUUCCGUCUCGUGACAUGACGAUUGAAAGAUAAAGGGAUGAUUUUAAAUCGCUCUUCUUUUUACUUAAUUGCACUGAAGUCUAAUAAUGACAAUAAAAAAAACCCGUUGAUUUUCAUUUGACGUGCGGUGAAAAUGUUUCACUGGUCGUUAAAAGCAGUGUGGCUAUGGAGUUGCCAUCUGUCCUGGUUUUCCCCAGAUAUUGUGAGAUAGACUUCUUCCCAAGACCUGGUCUUCUUCACUACCUCAGAGGUGGCAACUCUCGGUGUGGCUUGGGUGUGAAUAAAGCAACUGAUUAAAGCGACCUUCGCAUGUGUUACGUGGAUGUUUUAUUUGUGGCCUUUCUGCCACGGUGGGUGGUGCACUGCUCGAUGUGAGAGAUUAAAAUAAAUAAGCAGAUGGGAUGACACCACGCUACAGGUAUAGCAAGGGGGCGCGUUGUCUCCGAAGUGAUGUCAUAAGAGAGUGACAUUUCAGGAAUUGGCCCUGUUUCUGCUGCGCUACAGAAGAGCCUAUUGCCGCACGAUACGUCACCCUGUCAUGAAUGUCUCUCUGUUACAGGGCGCUGGUUCAGGGAGGAGAGUGGUGAAUUUGUUGUUGAUUGAGUGGCCCGGUGGUGUUCGGCCUUGACUUUGCAUGCAUCCCACAAUUCCAUUCAACUGAACGAUGGGUUGGACCUUGACUUUACAUGCAUGCCACAAUUCCAUCCAGCUGGACAAAGGGUCGGUCCUUAACUUUGCAUGCAUCCCACAAUUCCAUUCAGCUGGACAAUGGGUUGGACCUUGACUUUACAUGUAUCCCACAAUUCCGCCCAGCUGGACAAUGAGUUGGUGGUGCCAGGUGCUGUGGGUAUCCACCGCUGUUUUCCAGAACGGCCGGCGUAACCGUGAGCGCGCCCACAGUGAGAUUGUUCAGGGUCCACGUGGAUCAGAGAUCGGAGUUGCUUGGGAUAUAGUUUUUUCUCUCGCGUAGCGCGGUGGCGUCUCUGCGGGUGGCGGGCGGGAUGGCGUGGGGACAGCGCCGGGACCCUCCCGUUUGGAGUGGACUUCAGCAUCCCCCGACACCACCGUCCUCACGACGGCGUUCCGCUGUGGGUCUACAAUCUUUGCGUGGCGCUGCUGGGCCAGGGGGAAGAGCGACGCUCUGCAGAAGAGCGGACAAGCGCCACUUUUGGGCUGCGCGAGUGUUCGAGGCGUGCCCCCCCCUCCCCCGCACCUCCGAUUAGCACGGUUCGCUAUGUACGGUGCGACAAAAAUUCAACGUAAUGCGCAAAUUCAAGUUACUCACUCUUACUCGACAGUUACUGCGCGUGUCCCUGACUGUGACGUGCGUACAUCCUCGACCCGCAAGUGCACCCACGUGCUGUAGGUGUCUCUUGAACACGCAGGCUUCGCAAAUGUCGUGGGUUUACUCUCCAGCACACAAUCGGUGUGCUGAAUGAAUAACUCAUUGGCACGUUUUAUUUACGUGACAGACCUUACUAAUUGGCUGUGUCGGGUGGUGGUGGUGGGUUUUACGACACAUUUAUACUUACGCGAUAUAACCCAAAAACACCUUUAUUGUGGACAUAGGUGUCUCUAUACGGUACACAUAGCAUGCCUUCCUGCACACGUGGUAGCAGUUAUCAGCAUGCACGGAUGCUCCUCCAGCAGAGUAUGACCCCUCAUCAUUCUUUGCAAAGCGAUUUCCUGCUGCUCCCAAUGAGCAGCGAUAUAUUGGUGUUCACCUCCCGUUUACUACGUGCCUGCAGAGUGGUGGACAUUCCACAUUCCCAAUGCAGUGGCCCAGUCUCUCCAGAGGACACAUUUAACGACGCAAUUAUAUAUUGACGCGACCUAACGCCAACAACCUGUAUUAUGCCCCCACAAAGGCAUCCUCAUUUUGAUCGAUCCCAGCGGGAUGACGAUGGGCCGCGUUAACUUCGCGGCCUUCCGAUUGCUGCGAGGGGCUCGCCGGACCACUGAGCGCUCCUGGCUAACUAAAGUCACCGUCGUUGGUCAGACGUUAGGUAACGUCAAAAGGCCAUGCACAGAUGGAUA